UAGAGAUUACUUGAAUCAGAAGUAUCAGCGUUGCUCAUUGAGUAUCCUUCACAUGAAGAAGACAUUCAUUUAGCAGCGCGACAUUGAGCAGAGAAGUCUUGUAAAGUAGUCUUAAAAGAAAAUCUAGACGGGCCUGAGUACACGUGGUGCAAAACAUCAUCAAAUUAAGAUGUUAUACAUGAUGGAUAACUGCAAUCACUUUCUCAUUUCAAUAGUUUUCUGUUAGUUCUGCAAAUAAUAUUUUCUUUAAAAUUUCAAAUCACAGUUGGCGAAAGUGACUAAAACAGUCUAAUAUGAAAAAAUCAGGUUGGUGUGUUUACUUCUCCAAAUAUAAAGCCAAUAAAAUUAAGUCUUGGUUACAAUUUUAUAACCCUCGGGAGAGUCUACGAAUAGUGGCCGACCACCUCUAGCAACCGCAUGAGGUAUUCUUCGUCUUCUCCGUGUAUUUACAGAUUUUGUAUCAGCCAAAAACGGCAUGACGUCCCUUUCUUUAUCUUCCCAGUUUGUAUGUUGUUAAAACAGAACCGAACCGAUCUCUCUGUUUCUAUACUAUGUUCUUUCUUUUCUCUGUUUCUGUAAACUGUAAAAGUAAAAGAUAGAAAGGUAAACACGGGUUUGGCUUCUGCAAUGUUUUUUCUUGGAGAAAUAUUAUUUUCGGUCAACGAGAGGGAUAUAAUUUUCUGGCUAAUAGGUUUCCUAAGGUGAGAUUUUUGAUCUAAUCGGUUAUGCAAAGUGUCAAACUUCUUUGACACUUUACAAAAUCUGAAAGAAAAAAAAUUGUCAAUAGCUGAAAAUUCGAUUUUUAAAUUCGAUAUUUCAAUUUUAAAAAUAAUGUUCGUACCAUAUGUCAAAAUUUGGAAACUAAUCUUUGAGUUUAUAGUCUCAUAUCAAGUCACUGUUAUUGAUUUAUUUAUAUAAUGUUUGAAACUUUUAAAUCUCUCCAAGAUCCGAUAUCAGUCUUUAGAUAUUCUGAUUUAAAGAAAAACAUUUCAUAUCAAAUGUCUAAAUCUGAGAAUCUAAUCUUUGAAUGUAUAGUCUAAACCCUCAUGAUUUUGCAGGUGAAGAGAAUUUUUGAAGGUUUGUUAUAGUUUUAAGAAGAUGGCGACACUAGCAGAUAUUGGAGUAGCAGCUGCGAUUAACAUUAUAACUGCUUUGAUAUUGCUUUUGCUAUUUGCAAUCUUGAGGAUCCAACCAUUCAAUGAUAGGGUUUAUUUCCCCAAGUGGUACUUGAAAGGUCUUAGAAGCAGCCCUCUUGUGAACCCUGGUGCUUUCGUGAGCAAAAUUGUGAACUUGGAUUUUCGUUCUUACAUUCGGUUCUUGAACUGGAUGCCCGCUGCGCUAAAGAUGCCAGAGUCUGAACUUAUUGAUCAUGCUGGUUUUGAUUCUGCUGUCUACUUGAGGAUUUACUUGAUUGGACUUAAGAUUUUUGUCCCAGUCGCAUUACUUUCAUGGUCGAUUCUGGUUCCCAUCAACUGGACAAGCAACGGCUUGCAGCUAGCAAAACUUCAUGAUGUAAAAUCAAGCAAUAUCGAUAAGCUUUCGAUAUCAAAUGUCGAGCGUGGAUCAGACAGGUUUUGGGCUCAUCUGAUGAUGGAGUACGCAUUUACAUUCUGGACUUGCUAUGUUCUAUUGAAGGAAUAUGAGAACAUAGCUUCAAUGCGGUUAGCAUUUCUCCAAUCCGAGGAGCGACGUGCGGAUGAAUUCACGGUUCUGGUUAGGAAUAUACCACCGGACUCACACGAGUUAGUUAGUGACAACGUGGAGCAAUUCUUUAUGGUUAACCACCCGGACCAUUAUCUUAUGAAUCAGGUGGUAUACGAUGCAAAUAAAUUGGCUGGACUAGUAGCAGAGAAGAAGAAAAUGCAGAACUGGUUUGAUUAUUACCAUUUGAAGUAUACAAGAGACAAGGAACAAAGGCCAAGGGUAAAGUUAGGCUUUCUCGGGCUAUGGGGAAAGAAAGUAGAUGCAAUGGAUCAUUUCACAGCUGAGAUCGAUAAACUAAACGACCAAAUAUUGGAAGAAAGGAAGAGAGUGAAGAAAGAUGAGAAAGGUAUGAUGCCAGCAGCUUUUGUCUUGUUUAAAACGCGUUGGGGAGCUGCAGUUUGCGCGCAGACUCAACAGACAAAGAAUCCAACCGCGUGGUUAACCGAAUGGGCUCCCGAGGCAAGAGAAGUGUAUUGGCCAAACCUUGCCAUCCCUUACGUGUCUUUCACGGUAAGGAGACUUGUAAUGCACGUUGCCUUCUUCUUCCUCACUUUCUUCUUCAUCAUCCCAAUCGCAUUUGUACAAUCCCUCGCAAGUAUCGAAGGUAUCAAAAAAUCUGCUCCAUUCCUAAAUCCCCUCGUCGAAAAGAAGUUUAUUAAAUCGGUGAUCCAAGGUUUUCUUCCGGGUAUCUUCUUGAAGCUCUUUUUGUUAUUUCUGCCAACGAUUUUAAUGAUCAUGUCGAAAUUCGAAGGGUUUGUUUCGAUCUCAUCGUUAGAGAGAAGAGCGGCUUUCAGAUAUUAUCUAUUCAACCUUGUGAAUGUUUUCCUCGGUAGCAUAAUCACCGGAUCUGCAUUUGAACAGCUAAAUUCUUUCCUAAAACAAUCUGCGGAUCAGAUUCCAAGGACGGUUGGAGUAGCGAUUCCGAUAAAAGCAACAUUCUUUAUAACAUAUAUAAUGGUUGACGGUUGGGCAGGUGUGGCAGGAGAGAUUCUUAGGCUUAAAGCAUUUAUCAUUUUUCAUUUGAAGAACUUGUUCUUGGUGAAAACCGAAAAAGAUAGAGAAGAAGCAAUGGAUCCAGGACAGAUUGAUUUCUAUGUAAACGAGCCUCGGAUUCAACUCUACUUCCUCCUCGGCCUUGUCUACGCUCCUGUCACACCUGUUCUACUUCCUUUCAUCAUCUUCUUCUUUGGGUUUGCUUACCUCAUCUUCCGUCAUCAGAUCAUAAAUGUGUAUAAUCAAAAGUAUGAGAGCGCGGCUGCGUAUUGGCCAGACGUACAUGGACGUAUAGUAUCGGCAUUGAUAAUUUCACAAUUACUUUUGAUUGGUUUAAUGAGCACAAAAGGAAAAGCUCAGUCCACGCCUUUCCUCGUCGUUCUACCGAUUCUCACCUUCUGUUUUCACCGGUUUUGCAAAGACCGCUACGAAUCAGUAUUUGUCAUCAACCCUUUGCAGGAAGCUAUGAUUAAGGAUUCAAUGGAACGAGCAAGAGAACCGAACUUGAAUCUGAAAAGGUUUCUUAAAAACGCAUAUAUUCAUCCAGUUUUUAAAGACAAAGAGUACGAAGAUGACCUGCAUGAGGAAUUAAUCGAGGAUUCGGACGACGAAAAUUGUGUAGUUGUACCGACCAAACAUCAGUCUCAAUUAUUACACCAAAAAAAAACAUCUCUCAAAGAAACACUGUGAUGAGCAGCAAUGCGAAUAAUGUCCCGUCACAACCAGUAUCUUCUAAUCGACUUGACUCAGGUACAGUAGCGGAGCCACCUUCACAUAACCAGAGCCUUGAUGUAUGAGUAAAUCACAACGAGUAAAUCACAACCCAUGUUAUAUUCAGUAUAGAAGAAAAAAACCAAUGCGUAGAAAUCUUUUUUUUUGUUUGUAUUGUUGUGGACGGUUUUGUAUGUUUGUCAUUGUUUUGUUUGCCUUUGUUGUCAUUACCAAUACAUGAUUGUAUAAAACAAAUUUGACCAAUUUUUUGAAAAAAAUCUCUUCCCAUGAUUGGUAAUUUGUCAUUUAUUUUUUGGUUUAAACAUUUUGAGUUUAGAAGUUUUUUUUUUUAAAUUUGGAUAUGUGAACAGAAGUUGAUAUCUUAUUUUGGAAUAUCACAUAUAAAAGAUGUUAGGAAAAAUUGUUUUUUUAGACCAAAAAAAUGGUAACUAUGUCCCAUUAGACUACUCAUAUACUUUAUGUCCCGUUAGGCUAAUUAUUUUAAAAAUAUCAAUAAUUCUUUUAUUUUCAAUUAUAAAUUCAAAAUUAAAAUUAUAGAAUAAUUUUGAAAUAUUAAAACAGAAUGAAUAAUUAAAAUAAUUAAAAUAAAAGAAAAACCUAAACGUGUAGAUUUCCAAAGAUUUUCUUGGGCUUUUUGCAAAAAUUAACAUACAACCCAAAGUCAAACACAAAACUAACUCUUUUUUUUGGAAAUUAGUUAUGCCCUAUUCACCCCACAAGUUCAUAUAAUUAACGAAAAUGCCAUCAAUUUUUGUUUCUUUUCGAAAAUGACAAUUUUACUCUCUCACCCUCAUCAUCUUCAAGUAAUUACAAGAUUGUCAUUGUCAUCAAUACCCUAACCACCAUGAACAACCAAUUUGAAGCUCUUAAUGCUCCCAAAAUCGAUUUACCCUUCUUCUUUCUCCAUUCUUAUGAACUAAACACAACAUCUCUCUCACUUUCUCUCCACAUUAAGCUAAAAAAAUCCAAGAUUUUGAUUCUACAUUUUUUAUGGUUCAUAGAGUCAAAGAAGCUAACGAUUUUGGGUGGGUCACUUUCGUUUAAGAUUUUGUGUUCUUGUAGAAGCCUUAUGUGUGCUAAGAAAGUUAUCUCACCAAUUUAAAGUAUGAAAUCAAGUUUAUUUUCCAGAUCUGUUCGUCUCUGGCUGUAGACGACUUACCUAGAAGUCAUCUGGUCAACGCAGAUGUUAUUUUUGCAAUUGACUUUGAAAUAUGUUUUCUGAGACGACUGAAAGUUAUGUCAUCUGAUUUUGUUUGGUUACAAAAAAAUCUCCAAAGAACCUAGACGACUUAAAUUUCAGUGGUCAUAGGUUAGUUUUGCAUUUGACUGGAUUAUUUCAGAAGUUUGACUUUUCCGGACGACUUACAUUUCAGUCGUCUGGUGAAAAUU